UCUCUUCUCUGCACAACAGCCAGCGAGUUGCCAGUUCCCUUUGCAUCUGCAUUUGCACCGCGCCUUCGAUCUCUCGCAGCUGAAGAAAAUCGUACAAGCCGCUACCGAGCGUGUUUGUUUGCCCCUCCAAACGGUUUUUGCUAUAAGUAGCCUCGAUACCGCCUCGACGAUUGGGUCUUCUCGCGCAAUCUUCUCUACGCGGCGUGUUUGCAGGGGACUGUUCCUCGCAAGCAUAUUCGUACGACUCGAUCCAUCUUCUUCCGUCGUCCUUCGUAAACACUAUUCACCAUGUCUGUCGUGUCACUUCUUGGGGUCAAGGUGGUCAACAACCCCGCCAAGUUCACCGACAAGUACGAGUUCGAGAUUACAUUCGAGUGCCUCGAGCCACUCGAGAAGGAUCUCGAAUGGAAGCUGACCUAUGUCGGAUCUGCUACCUCGGACCAGUACGACCAAGAACUGGACUCCCUUCUCGUCGGCCCCAUCCCCGUGGGAGUCAACAAGUUCCUCUUCGAAGCUGAGGCCCCCAACACUGCUCGCAUCCCCGACGCCGACAUUCUGGGCGUCACCGUCGUGCUCCUUACGUGCGCCUACGACGGACGCGAGUUUGUGCGAGUUGGAUACUACGUCAACAAUGAGUACGAUUCUGAGGAGCUCAAUGCUGAGCCCCCCACGAAGCCGAUCAUUGAGCGGGUGAGACGCAACGUCCUCGCUGAGAAGCCCCGUGUGACCCGCUUCGCCAUCAAAUGGGACUCCGAGGCCUCUGCACCCCCCGAGUUUCCCCCUGAGCAGCCCGAGGCCGACCUGGUUGCGGACGAGGAAGAAUACGGCGCCGACGAGGCCGAUGAGGAGGCUGCCGAAGAAGCAGCGGCCGCCAAGGAGAAGGGUGAGGACUCGGAAAUGGCUGGCGUCGAGAGCGAGCACCAGAACGGACACGAUCACGAGGAAGAGGAGAUGUCCGAGGACGGCAGCGUCGACAUCGAAGGCGAGAGUGAGGACGAGCUGGAGGAGGAAGAAGAGGGUGAGGGCGAG